GGCGGCCCGAUUGUUUUGCAGCCAUGGUUGGAUUGAGCGAGGCCUCCCUGUUGCAAGAGCAAUAAUAAGGGAAUCCACGGCGGGUGGGGCUGCUGUCCGUGUUCCCCGUGCGCGUCCACGUUCGGCCGUGGCAGAGGCCUCUUUUCCCUCCUAAAAGAAAGGCAACACCCAGCCCCGCAAACUCAUUACGCUCAGCACUCCACUCCGACACCAGCACAGCCCGACUGUAUCGGUAUAUACUCGCUGGGUGGUGAGCUAUCGAAACCUGAGUCAAACUCACACCGAAAAGAAGAAGUUGUUUUGGUCAGAGAAAGCAAGAUCGUCUAUCGCCACUUUUGUCCUGGGAAAACUUCACACUCCGCCGCAACUGGAAAGACACUCAUUGGGGGCCGAAGAGAAGCGGUAUCCUUUUCCUCAGCGCAUUAAGAGCGAUUCCAGACGCAUACCAGUCCCUAUCACUGUCACAAACAGCCGAACGAGGGAAUGUCCUCACACGGGGCUCCUGCCGUCAUGUACACCAACCAGCGUUUCUCGUCGCAUCCCGAAGCCCCCAGAUACCCCACCUCCAAACCACCACCGUCCCACCCGCUACCGGCACCUCCUGCGGGGUUCGCCGAAACAAGCCCUGUCGAACCACAACGGCGGGCGGACUCUGGAAUAGCUGAGAUGGAGGAGGAGAAGCUGCCGGAGAUGUUGCGCGGCGGCCGCAAGUCGUCAUACGGAGCAACUACGUCUCCCACUGCUUAUGGCCAGCAACAGCAAGUACCAUCCGUAGUGCAAAAAGGAGACCCUAGCGCCAUGUCUCUUGCGCUAGAUCUCCUGUUGACAGAUCUGGAGGGGACGAUAGACUCGUUAACAAAGGAUCAGUAUGGCAGACCACUGCAGCAGCAGGAGCCCGGUUCUGCCUCAAUGUCGCCACGCCCUCGCCGUCAAACGAACCCGUCCAUCCCCAGGAGAAACGAUACCCCACCGUUCAACGCGGACGAAUACGCAGAAGAACGACGACACCUGUCAACCCCUGACACUAUCAUGUCGGAGGAACCGGCGGGCUUCACGCAUCCGGCCUCUGGCCAGCAGUAUUACAUGGGGACGGGCGCUACACCCCCUCGACAUCAAUUGCAAAGGCUUCCAGUGAACGGGCUGAGUCAGAUGUCUGGUCGAACAUCUACUUUGAGCGGCAACAGCGAUGGGACGCAAUUGGCUUCCGCGAAUUCUCAAAACCAGUAUUCGACAAGCGUGGGUAGCAGCACGGCGUACACGCACCGCCCACGAAUGAACUCAGUCUCCAACGUCAGCGCGCACUCACACGGGUCCGGCGGUCUCUCCUACACCAGCACUCAAAGUCGCGCGUCCACACCCUCCCUCUGCUCCGGGUCCGAGUCACUCCCCUUCUGGGCCGCACCCCCCGUCACAUCCUCCGCCAACGCCUCCUCCUCCAAUACCCCCUUCAGCUCGCCCAAAACCCUCGGCUCCCUGAUGCGUCUCCCCGGCGCCAAGCACGGCCAGCUGAUGGUCAUGUCCGCCGGCGGUAUAUUCGGCAAACAGAGCUGGAAACCGCGCUACUACGUGCUGGCCAACUACCGCCUCUACUCCUUCAAAUCCAACGACGAGAAGCAGCAGACCGCUACGCAGGGCACCUAUCUGCAGUUCACCCCCAACUCGCAGGCAGCCGUCUCUGAAAAGGGAUUCGGCGUCGUCGAGGUGACCGGCCAAACAUGGAUGGGCGACGGCGCCAUGGUCCCGCGCACCUGCGUCGACACCGUCUGGGCCCUCCAAUCCUCCGGGCAGGAAGAGAUGAUGGACUGGCUCAACGCGUUCCGAUUCACCAUCUCCAGCCUCGCGAGCAUGGUCCGCGGCGACGGCGAGUACAUGUACCCUGAAAACCAUCACCACCCGCAGGAGAUGCUCGAACAGUCGUACUACCCGCCGUCGUCCCGACAAAGCGUGCCUGCGCGCCCACACGCGGAGAAGAAGAGCGAGUGGCCGACCUCGGCGUCCGCGGAGAAGAAGAGCGAGUGGCCCACCAGUUCGAACAAGAAGAGCGAGUGGCCGACCUCGUCGAAUAAGAAGAAGGAGAAGAAAGCGUUGCCCGCGGGCGGCAUGCUGCCGUAUGGGAGUGUUUACUUCUAGGGGGAGGUUUUUGGAAGCAUUUGCCGUAGUUUACACUAGCUUCUUGACGGCGUACUCGUUAGUGGACCCGCAAAUGUUGUAGGCUUCGUAGCAUUUCAUCCGAACCCUUUUGCUGGAUUCCCCCACAUCACUGUUUAUAGUCUUUCCCCCGCUAUCUGCAGCACAUCACUUCCCCCCCCUCACAUUUGUAUAUAUGCCCGCCUCUACCCAUAGAGAUACCACUGAAUCAUAGUCACUUAUUUCAC